AUGAAGUUCUCACUCGCCAUCGUCACUCUCUUGGCCGGCUUCGCCGUCGCCCUGCCUCAAAACAACAAGGGCCAGAACAAUAAGGGCCAAAACAACAACAACCAAGAUGCCGCAGCAGCAAAUGACGAUGUCAAUGCAGCUGCCAACGAUGGCUCAGGCGGCGUGGCAGCCGCUGCCAAGGCAGAGGCCGCCAUCCUUCUGACCGAGAACGGAGAUGCUGGCGCCGCUGACUCUGGUGCCGACUUUGAAAAGGCAGUCCAGGCCAUCUCGGACUCUGGAAAUCAACAGGACUUGGACACUCUGACGGCAGCCGGUAUUGACGUUGACGCAGCUCUCGCUGGAAAUGGUGGCAACGGAGGCAAUGCUAAUGGAGAAAAUGCCAAUGCCAAUGCCAAUGCCAACGCCAACGCCAAUGGAAAUGCCCAGAACGGACAACAGAAGGGCCAAAAUGCUAACAAGCAGAACGCCAACUAA